AUGAAUGCACAUAAGCCAUUGUUGACAAUAAUACACUCUACAAUCUGUAAAACUAUAGCCGAUAAUGUAAAGAGGGAGUUUGCAGAGAUUUGUAAAGAGAGACAAGUGGCUCCAUCACUUUCACAACUUGAACAACUGAUUAGAGAGCAACCAAUACUGCCAAAUGGAAAGCGAUGUCCAUUGGGAAGUUACACGACUCCAGAAGAAAGGACUCUGUCACAGACCAACCAUCUGAAGCAGGUGGAACUGGAGAAACUGAGAGCCGCCUACCAAAAGCUGUCAACUGAAAAUGAGCAGAUUAAUCAAGACAUUGCAACACUUGAGAAACAAAAGGAUGAGACAUUGACACGACUGGAAGGCAAGGCCAAGGCACUCUCACUCCUGAUCAAGUCGUCCACAUCAUUGGAUCAGAAGUAA